AUGCCGGGCCGGCUCGCGGAAAUGCUGGCCAGCGCCUCAGACACGGCGUUGGAUGAUCUGGUGGAAGGCAAAGGCGGUAAGGCCGGCUAUGGCCCUGAGCGGCGGAAGGGUGCCAGAAGAGGGCCCUACGAGGAGCGCCAGGAGCGCCAGGAGCGCGCUCGGGACUGGGACGAGAAUUUCGAGUGCCGAAUCCCCGCGGAUGCGGACGUGAAUCGCGUGGCCGGGCGCAUUGCCCACGGCGUGCGGCGGCAUGCCACCUUUGUGGUGGUGGCGGCCUGGGAUGGUAUUUGGACCGCCCUCAAGGCCAUUGCGAGAGCGAGAGUCUACCUGGAGGAGGAUGCCAUGGACUUCAGCCUCGCACUGGCCCAGUCCAGGGAUGACGAGAUGGUGCUGGAGCUGUCCGUGGACACGGACGGCUGGAUGCAGCGGGCGGAGCAGAUGGCGCCCUGGAGCGAGGAGAAGUUCAUCUCCUCCACUUCGGAGCCGGCGAAGUCUGCGGGCGCAGCGGCCAAUGGGGUCCGGAAGCACGGGGCGUGCUUCCUCUCCUUCAGCGGCCCGGAGGCCGCCCAGCGCGCCUUCGAGAGCCUCCAGACGAUGCGGAGAUACCUCGAGCAGGAUUGGGACGGCGGUCGGGACAUCGCCUUCGCCCCACGCUUCGGCAAGAGCGGCAACAUCUCCAGCGUGCUGUAUGUGUGCGUCUUCAAGACCUUUUGCGACUGUCAGGUGAGCAGCGUCUCUGACGUGCACCUCACGGCUGGGUAUUUGGCCGCCGGGGUCAGGGAGAACUGCCCGCCCGUGAUCCGUGCCACUGGCCUGCAGAACGUGAACCUGGCAGUGAAGGCCUGUGCCUUGGCGCGGAGCUAUCUGGAGCCCGAGGGCAAGGACCUGGUGCUGCGUGUCGACUUCCCGGAGUACCAGGUGAAUCCGGAGACCAUGCGGCUGAAGCUGAUCCUGGCGCCGGUGGAAGGCCAAGCUUUGCGCCGCACCACCAAGGAUGCCCAGGCCUUGUACGUCGCCAAGGAUUCCUGGACGGACAAAGUGGCCGGCGCAAUCGCGCAGCGGGUGCGAGAGGAGGACAAGGUCUUCCUUGCUGCCAUCGGGCCCCUCUGCGUUGCCAGUGCUUUGAAGAGCCUCUUCCUUGCCAACCAAUUCCUCUUGAACGAGUCGAUCCGGAUCCGCAUGGCCCCGGAGUUCGCGGAGACGGAGCAGGGCCUCACCCUGCUGUGCCUCCACGUGCUGCCGGAGUGGCGCUAG